UCUCUAUAUAAUAGGAGAGCUGCCGUAGGUUCACUUAGUACUAGACGGUGUUCCACCGCUAAAGUCAUAUAUACACUUCCUCGAGAGGUCGCCCUCUGUGUUUGGAUUGUCAUCAUGAAGUUCAUUGUGUUGCUGGCGCUGGCUGGUCUAGCGAGCUGCAGCACUAGUCUCAUAGGAGGGGACCAGGCCCGUGAUGUCAAAAUCCAGUACACGUAUGUGGACGAAAAUGGAAAGGAAGUAAAGGUGGAGCUUGAAGCAGACCGUUUGGGGCUUGCCCUGGCGAAGGAUGGUCUACGCCCAGUCAACAGGAAGCCCGCCCAAGCCGCCCCAGUUCGCUUCGUGGCAGUGGAGCAGCCCGAGCCCAAAGUUGAGACCCGGUUUGUCCAGCUAGUCGAAGCUCCACAGCCCAGAGCCAGGCCACAGCUUCUGAGGUUGGUCCCUGCUCCAGAACCCAAACCCCAGGCUGUUGAGACCCGUUUCAUCCAAGUGCCCGCUGCUCCAAAGCCAGUGGCCCAACGCCGGUUUGUUCAGGUACAGGCUGUCCCAAAGCCAGUGGCCCAGCCCCGUCUCGUUCAGUUACAACAAGAUGCUGCCCCCAAACCUGAGCCAGCAGUGGUGAAAUUCGUUCCUCUGGAACAAGAGAUCGAAGUGGAGACGAAAUUCAUCAGGGUUCCAGUACCUGUGGGCCAGACUGCACCGGCACCAGCUGUGCCUGCACUUUUCACAGCAGAAGUCGAAGAGGAAAUCCCGGUGGUCCUCCGGGCUACCUCGCCUAGAGCUUCCCCAGUUCGGCGACGCUCCCAGGGUCCUGGCGGAAGGCAGGUAUUCAGAAGGGUUGUUGAUCUGGAUUCCAGCGCAGAGAAAUAGUAGAUGCUGCAGGACGCUGCAUCAACCGCAGCUUCCAUGAAGUGAUGUGACCUACUCAAUGUAGAUAGUUCCUAGGGGAAGUUUAAAUUAUAAAUCAAACAAAUAAAGAAAUUGUUUCUC